UAGGGGAUAGUGACAGGAAUAAUAAACAGCGAUGGGAGACUUAUUUGUUAUCACGAACAAAUUCAGCUCUUAUUCUGUGACACAGCUUAACGAGUUGCUUGAGGAUGAUGAAAAGCUCAGUACGAUUGUCAAAGAGAUGGAUGAGAUGCAGGAGGUGCAGCAGACUAAAGAGAUGACCCUUGCCAGUAACCGCAGCCUAGCAGAGCAGAACCUUAGCCUGCAGCCUGGCCUGGACCAACAGAAGAUGCAAUUAACCAAACGCUACUGUUGUUUACAGGAACUCUAUGAGACUUACCAGCUUCGCAAAUCCACUCUAGAUCACAGUUCAGGGAAAAGUUCACUGGACACACUGUUGGCCUUACUGCAAGCUGAAGGAGCAAAGAUUGAAGAGGAAACUGAGAACAUGGCCGAUUCUUUCCUCGACGGAGAUUUGUCUCUGGAUUCGUUCGUUGAUGCGUACCAGAACAAGAGAAAGCUGGCUCAUUUGCGGCGUGUGAAGAUUGACAAACUACGGGAGAUGGUGCUCAAACACUUCCAGAUGCUGCAGGUUUCUUCUAAUGAGCCUGUGCAGCACAACUCCCCUGUGCCCCUCUGCAACCAGGCCAAUGGGUCCCUAGUUCCUACAAGACCUCCACCAACCUAUCCAGCAGGGCAGCAGCCAGCUUUACCAUACCCACCAGCUCUCUACCCUUCUGUCACUAUUCCUUCUAUGGUGCCAUCAGUGCCAAGCCCACAUCUACAGCAGUAUACACCAGCACUCUCCCAGGGGCCCAGUGGUCUGCCCCAAAGGACAGGCUUCAUCAUGCAAUGAUGUAAUCCUCUUUAAGUGUUUCUUUCCUUUGGUGGGAAUGUAUAAACUGGGCAUUUUCCUGUUUUCUCCAAAAGCACUUUGAUCAUACAGCUUUGGGUAUCUUACCCUUAGUGAUGAUGAAUGGUUUACUAUGAACCAUGCUUAUUUACUGACAGCUACAGUUAGUGUGAGGGGUUUCAGUGGUGAACUGCAGUAGAUUCAAUAUUCCUAGUCUUAAUAGAAAUCUAAAAUAAUUCUCAUUUUUAACUGUAGACAGCCAAAAAUCAAAACAAAAACUCCAUCAGAUGCAUGCUUUUUUUCGAGAUACUGACCAGCUAAAAUUUGAGAAGCACUUUUGCUCAUUGAAAUCACAUGUGAAGUGAGAUUUCUCGUAUAAAUGGCAGAAAACGUAUAAUGCUGAAGUUUUGAAAUAUGUUAUACUGGAUCAUAUUCAGAUUGAGAUUAUAUUAUUUUUUGUGUGCAAGGAAAACAGGUUUCAUUUGAACAUUUUGGAUUACUGGAUGGAACUGACCAGCAACCAAAGAUAUUUCCCCUUUUGCUCCAAUAGUUGAGUAGCAAAAUGUCAAACUAGUUUUGAAUGUAGUAUAUACAACACUGAAAACUUGACAUAUUACAAUUAUCCAAUUACUGUUCCAGUGAUCUAAUUACUUCAGUCAGAUCUCUUUUAAAUAUAAUAUAGAAACGUUGAAUAUUUCAAUCAGAACCAAGUUGGUUGUGCUAUUUAUUUUGGAAAAUUGACAAUACCUAUGAAAUACUGUUCUUGCUAAACCUUAAGAAUUAUGACCUGUAAUGUUGUAAAAUGACAUUUCUGCUAUGCAGACUUUUUAAACUUCUCAAGCCAGCUGCAAAUAUAGAACACAAGGUGCAUGUACAAGCAAUGGAGUCUUGCCAAAAGGUGUUCCCUUAGACAUUUACUGUACCACAUACUACAUAAAGGCAGAUCUUAAAACAUUUGCAGAAACUCUGAUGGUAAAAAAAUAUUGUCAUGUUGGAAUGGGAUGUGAAACGUGUAUAGCUUUGCCUAGUGUGAAUUAAUGAAGACAAGUGAAGCCCUGUUAGAUUCAAAGAACAGCCAUAUCUCAAGUGUGCCUUGCAGUGGUCACCCCCCCUCCCCUCCCUUUUUCCCCCCCUAGAGAGCUUUAUUGAGAUCUAUCUCACUGCAAAAGCUACUGCUAAAAAUUUUCAGUGUAACGCAUGGUAUAAUUUCUUUGUGCCCUUGUACACAACCUAGAACUCCAUGUGUAAAGUAUGUUGUAAUUGUUUUCUUAGUGCUGAGUCCUUAAGGCACCUUUGUUUUGUUUUUUUAUUAAAAGAAAAAUAAAACACUAACUUUUCAGCAGUA